UUGUGCUCUGCGUCUGAGAGAAAGAAGAAAAGUGGGGGUUAGAGAAGUGCGGUUGUCCGUUUCCUGCUUUGAAAUGAAGUGUGCAUAGAACAGAGAAGAGAAACUUCCUUGACUGUAGAGCUCAGUAUUCUGACAGUGUAGAGAGGGAAGGCUUUUUUUCAAAUGCCGUGAACAUUUAUUUAAGAUAAAAAACCGGAGAGACUUAUCAGAGGACCAUGAGCCGUGGAUCUAAAAGUAAAACGGAGAGCGUCCAGAGCGCUCUGUUGAGCCCGCAAGAGAAUGAGAAGCUGGAGGACCUGCUGGGCAGAAGGUGUGCUUCUGUGGCCACCGCAGUCGCACAGUUGUUCAUGGCUCUGCCCAACAGUCCUAACGUGUGGAGCUUUCAGCACACUGGAGUGGUGUGCUUCGUCAAAGACAACCCUCAACGUUCCUACUUCAUACGGAUGUUUGAUUUGAAGGCAGGGAGGCAGGUUUGGGAGCAGGAGCUCUACAACCAAAUUGUUUACUCCUCACCACAACCAUACUUUCAUACAUUUCCUGCAGAUGAGUGUCAGGUGGGACUGAACUUUGCUGAGCAACAGGAGGCAGCGGCCUUUAAAAAUGCUGUCGAUGAGAAAAUCAACCAAAGACACAACCGUCAAGACAAAAAACAGCGCCCUCUGCCGCCCACUGACAGAGGUUCCCUGCCUCCACCGCCACCUGGAAAUGCCUCAUCUCUUAGCCCUGGAUCUUUUCGCAUGGCCACAGUGGACAUCCAGAACCCAGAUAUCCAGUCUUCACGCUACCGCUCGGUGCCUACGCCCGCUGCUGCAUCUAUAAGCAGCAAAGAAAAGAAGAAGGACAAGAAGAGCAAGAAAAAGGGCCCCAAACUCUCCAAAGCAGACAUCGGCGCUCCCAGCGGAUUCAAACAUGUUACUCACGUCGGAUGGGAUCCAAACAACAUUGAUCCUGAUCUAUGGAAGCUGCUCUCCCAAGCUGGAAUCGGUGAAGCUGAUAUGAGGGAUGAAAAGACCUCCCAGCUCAUCUAUAAUGUCAUUGAGCAGUCUGGAGGCAUGGAGGCAGUCAAAAGGGAGGUGAACAAAGCCUCUGGACCUCCACCCCCUCCACCUGGCAGACAAGGGCCCCUACCUCCUCUGCCGGGCUCCAGUCCCUCCUCUGCCCCAACCCCUCCACCUCCACGAGGCCGCUCUGGCCCCUUGCCUCCCAUCCCAGGCCAGCCACAGCGAGGGUCCCCAUCCACUCCAUCAUCUUCAGGUCGCGGAGGCCUGCCACCCCCACCCCCUCCGUCAAACAGAGGCGGUCCUCCACCACCGCCGCCACCUGCACACUCUCAGUUCCCCUCACCGCCCCCCUCGAAGUUCUCUCAUGCCCCCCCUCCGAUGUCCUCCCACAGCGCGCCUCCUCCCCCGCCACCGUCUGGCCCACAGCGCUCCAUGGGUUUCCCACCUCCUCCUGUCCCAUCUACACCCAGCAGGGGAGGUGGAGGAGGAGGAGGUGCUGCACCUCCUCCUCCACCCCCUCCACCUCCACCUCCACCUGCUCUGAUGUCCUCAGACUUCCCACCGCCUCCUCCCCUGUCCAAUGGCCCACCGCCACCUCCCCCUGCAUCCUCUGGAGGAGGAGGAGGAGACAGCAGAGGAGCCCUGCUGGAUCAGAUCCGACUAGGGAAGAAGCUCAGAAAUGUGACAGAGAACCCUGAUCCAGCUCCACCUGCAUCUCCAGCAUCAGAGGAGGGCAUUGUUGGUGCUCUCAUGAUGGUCAUGCAGAAGAGGAGUAAAGUCAUCCACUCCUCUGAUGAAAGUGAAGAUGAGGGUGGAGAAGAGGACGAAGACGAUGACGAAUGGGAUGACUGACGUAGAGGUUCUUCUGUGUGGAUUUUUAUCUUUAUCUUUAUCUCAACUGUGAUUAUAGUGACAAACCUCCAGGUUGCAACAUAUUGUUCGGCUAUUGCAAAGUGGAAUGUGACUUGUGUAUGAGACAAACUAUGAAGGAGAUUAAAUAAACAAGCAAUUGAAGGACUGUAAA